ACCGGUACGUGAUCCGCCGCACGCUCGUCAAGCAUUUCCGCCAAGAUGGUUGUCGGUGCCUUCCCGAUCGCCAAGCUCCUCUACCUCGGAGUGAGGCAGAUGAGCAAGCCUGUGGCGAACCGAAUAAAGGCAGGAGCCCGUAGAAGCGAGUUUUUUAGGACUUACGUGUGUCUUCCGCCCGCACAGAUUUACCACUGGAUUGAGAUGAGAACAAAGAUGCGGAUCAUGGGCUUUCGGGGCUCCACCAUCAAGCCCCUGAAUGAGGACGCUGCUGGAGAGCUGGGUGCCGAGUUGCUGGGAGAGGCAAUCAUCUUUAUUAUUGGUGGUGGAUGUAUGGUUCUGGAGUACAGCAGGCAGGCCGCUAACUCUCGCCGCAAAGAAGAGGAGCAGAACGAGACCAUCACAAGCCUACAGACUCAAAUAGGAGAACUAGCACUUACCACAGAGACUCUAGAUGCUCAGUUGAGAGAGAUAAAUAGGCUACUGCUGUCCUUGCCUGCUCCCACCAAAAAGUGAUGAAAUAAGCCCUGUCUGUUGGUCUGUGUGUCUGAAAGAAAAAGCGUUCACACACAUAGUACUGUAAAGGCCCAACAUGAAGUUGCCUGAAACCGGUGAUUUGUACAACAAAUCAGUGCUCUGGGGUUUUGGAUGCUGUCGUUGGCUCAUAUUUUCAGCAACGAUUGUAAAGGGGGAUUGCUAUGAUAUUCAUAGUGUAUUUCUAAGGUUUAUCUUGCAUGUUCAUAAUACAUUUGACUGUAUAUAAUGAUUUACCAUCAAAUUGAAUGGCAUAUUGAAGUUAAUAUAUUUUACAACAGCUUUGUGUGCUUGAUUGAGGGCCAAACAUGGAGAACCAUAUCAAACAAACCGGUCACAUUUGAUCAUAUGUGUCCAUCUCUGAAGAUUCCCGGAAAACUAUACUCAUGUCAUAAUUCAAUUGUAAAUGUCUUUUAUGAUUCAUGGCAAAUGCAAAGAGGAUGGUUUGAAAAUAAAAUGGUAUGCUGUCUUUUAA